UCGAUAUUCCUCUCAAAUAUUGACUUCGCGAUUGUGCUUGGUGUCGCGAGCAAGUCGCGCGAUAGCUGGUAAUGUCCUUAUAAAAAAAUACGAUAUUGCGCGAGUGAUAAAGCGAAAUAUAUCGGUCGGAGGAUCGAGAUAGUACAAUAUUUCGGAGGAAUAUUCUGGAAUAAACGAUGAUUUUUGCGGCGAGUGUUGUGUUUUUUGGGCUGACCCUAAGUGUCUCCCACGCUAGCAUCGAGUCAACACCGACUUCCUUCAACGAUCAUGGAGUUCCGCGAUUGGAUCUUGAAAGUCUCGAGAGCGGUUAUCACGGCCUGGUCAAGGAGAAUGAAACUCUCGUUGAGGUGACUCCACAGAUAAGAGCUUUAGGAGCUAAAGUGUGCUCUUUUCGUAUUGCGAAUAAACAUCAUGGCGAGGCACCUUUCGAAAUCGUUUUAAAAGAAAAGGGAAUGGCCGAGCUGAGGGCUCUUCGAGUUUUGAAUUGUGAAAAACGACGUAAUUACAAAUUCGAUAUCGCAGCUGUUGGUUGUUCCGGCGGACAGUCUGAGAAUGCAACGGUUCAUAUCACAGUGGUCGAUGUUAACGAAUACGCACCACAGUUUCUCCAACCAGCUUACGUUAGCACUGUUGAUGAAGGACGGCUUUACGAAGAGGUAGUACGCGUCGAAGCCUCCGACAGAGAUUGCACUCCGAAAUUCGGGGACAUAUGCAAAUACGAGAUCCUAACAGCGGACCAGCCGUUCAUUAUUGACAAUGAAGGUGCUAUACGUAACACAGAGCCAUUGGAUUACGAGCGUUCCCACAAUUACAUUCUGAGCGUGGUUGCCUAUGAUUGUGGAAUGAAACAAUCAGCACCGGCCAUGGUGACUAUCAAGGUGAAUCGAGUGUGUACACCAGGCUGGAGAGGUAUUCCAGAGAGAGUGGACUAUGCUGCUGGUUCAGGAUCUCAACCGCUUUUACCAUCGGCAAAACUGGACCUUUGUGACGCACCAUGCAUAUUACGUAACGUCCGAGCUACUUUGAAUCUCGUAACCGAUCACAUAGGAAAGGGUUGCGAUCGUGAUACUUACACUGUACGAAGCCAACGAAAACUUUGCGGUGCCUCGCACGAGAGCGUCGAUCUUUUACCGACACCAGGACCGACCACAUCAUGGACCGCCUCUUUGUCACGCGACGAAGGUCGGGAAGCCGACGAAAUUUUCGAGUUCGAUGGCGUCGAUUCCGCUGCGAUCGUACCCAAUAACGUACUCGAACAUUCUCUGGCACAAAAGUUCACCAUCAGUGCUUGGGUGAAACAUCGUCCAAGAUUGAGGCAAGAUCCCCACGUUAAGGAACAUAUUCUUUGCGCCGCAGACGAUCAUAAGAUGAACAGGCAUCAUUACGCUUUGUUCAUAAGAAAUUGCAGGCUGAUCUUGUUACUCCGACGAGACUUCUCCGAAGGCGAUCCAAACAUCUUCCGUCCGGCUGAGUGGCGUUGGAAGCUCGGUCAAGUAUGCGACGAUAAGUGGCAUCAUUAUGCCAUACAAGUCGACUUCCCACGCGUAAGUCUUUUUGUCGAUGGCGAGGAAUGGCGUACGGACGAAAAGAAUCCCGAGGUUAUCGACGAUUGGCCUUUGCAUCCUGCGAAGGGCGUAAAUACGAUGCUUGUCGUCGGAGCUUGUUGGCAGGGUUCGGAUAAUAGAACGAAACAUCACUUCCGUGGCUAUCUCGCUGGACUCUCGGUUCUCGUAGGUCGUAACGAAAAACCCGACGUACUAUCCUGUUUGAGACGUUGCCAGGAGGGCUUACACGUACCGUCCAUGGACUUGCUUCAGCCAGGUACACAGUUGCUCACCAAUUCCGAUUUAACGGAGGUACGCAUAGACGGCGAUAAUCGUACGAACGUCGAGACUCUUCUCCGUCGUAUAGGAUAUUCUAACACGCGGCGUUUCCCAACUCCUGGUCGGCGAAAUUUCCGUCUCGACACGGCGGUGAUAUGCGAGGGUAACGAGAAUUCUCAACUGCCAGUAUCUACCGUGCAAUCAUACGUGACCGUUCUGCCACCACCUCGACCUGGAAUAAGCGUUAACGGUACCGGUUACGUAGCUAGGGAGUACGCCGACUUCCGCCUGGGCGUUCGCGUUUUCCCGGAUGCUCGCGUUACCGCUGGUUCCGCGGCAAGAUUGGACGCUUGCGCCGUCAGCGUUUAUCCCAGUCUGAAUCCCGAUCACGAGAGCUUAGGUUUACCUGGCGAUGCUCUUCGUAGAUUCCGUUCUAUCAGCGCUCGCGUCGAUCGCGACGGCGUUGUACUUUCGGGUGCCGACACGCCUUACAAUUAUCAACAGCUCAUUCGACUGAUAAUGUACACGAAUCGUAAGCCGGCUUAUUAUCUCGAUCGCGUCUUCAAGCUUACUUGCUCCGAGUUGAGCGGUCGUUUCGCCAGUAACGAAUACGUUCAAACGUUAGCCGUGAUCCAUCCGAAAGAAAAAACGACGGUAUUGCCGCACAGUAGCUCGGGCGAACCUCCGAUCGCCAGAAUCGUUGAGCCUGUUCCCGGUCACAUACAAGUUUCCCCUCAUCACGCCGAAAUACCGGAAGGUUACGCGACCAGUGUGAUUCGCGAAGGUAGAAGAACCAUCGGAGGUGCUGGGGGUAGUCACGCCGUUACGAUCGUCGCGGCCGCCUGCAUCGGUUUCUUGCUCUUGAUGGCCAUCGUUGGAGCUGCUAGAGUUCGAGGUGCCGCGAAGCGGCGACGAUCGGCCGGCGACGAAUUGGCAGCCGAAACGGAAAUGGCCUGGGACGAUUCGGCUCUCGCCAUAACGGUCAACCCGAUGGACAGGCUGACCGAGCAUGAAUCUCAUCAGAGCCAUCGAGAUGAGGACGUUGACGAUUCCGGAAGUUCCGACUCUGAGGACGGUUCCUUCAGAGACGACGACAUCGACAGCUCCGAUUGCGAGAACGAUUGCGAUCUAAACAACGGCCGACACCGUCGUCAUAAUUCGCCUCACGACUUGGAGUGGGAUCAUCGUGACGUUUAAAUUACUACUAUCCCACCUCUUUACAUUCGUCAUCAUCCUUCUUUUUCAAGAUGGUAUCGUCAGACGAGUACCGACUGUCCGAAAGAACGCGAAAUAUCCUAUAUCUGAACCCCUCCAUUCCUGUGAACCAUCUACGACGCUAUGCGCGAUGCGUAUGAUAUUGCCUGAAUGUUGACGACGACGACCACGACGACGAAAAAGUAUUAGACAACAAAAACCUUGUUGUUCUCUUUUUGUCGGUUAUAAGAAAAUUUUGCGUUACCUACUUUAACGAUAUCUAAUUACAACGUUUGUCAACAAUAUAGGUGAUCAUAGAGUCGCGAUCUUCGCGAUUGGAUAAAAGCGUCACAUUGUAUCCGUCCCCGUAGCUGGCAUGAUCGAUCCAUUGCAAGGCAAUGACACGGCAGGCAGUUAGUACUCUUCUUACGUAUCAACGGAAUUUGUAAGAGUGCGGGACGCUUUAUCGAAUAGUUAAACUCUUUCUACCUAUAAUACGUCGCUGAUGUUGGUAGAGAAAAUUUACACGGGCACGCAAGAGAUACUUAAAAAAACUUGCUGAGAAAUUCUCGGUAAACACUCGGUAAAAACUCGCAGCAAAUUAAUUUAUAUAUAUUCUCGACCUAUACAGUAGUCGUAGGACAAGGGAAACUUUUUUUAUACUCCUAACUCUUAUCCUUUUAUUCUAUUCUAUAAUUACUAUUUUACGAUCAUUGAUUUAUUCUUUUUCUUUCUUCUCUCUUUUUUUUUUUACUAACGCUACUAUAUAUAUAUAUAUAUAGAUAUAUAUUAUAUAUACUACUAUCCACUAUUAUUAUAAUCCGCUCUACAGGCAGUUUUAUCUUCUAUUGGAAAACGGUACUGAUGAGAUGCGUAUUUUCUUCCUCUUAGAUCUUUUGGUCUCUCUCUCUCUUUCUCUCUCUUUCUCUCUCUCUCUUUUUCUCUUUUUUUUUCUCUAUUUCUAUCUCUAUUUCUAUUUCUAUCUUACUCUAUAUAAGCUAUCCACGUUGAUAUUUGAUCUCACGAACGUAUCCUCUAUAUCUACAUAUAAAAGUUUCUUCGAAAUGCUUGGAAAAGAGAUAUGUAUAUCGUAAAAAGGGCAAUUUUCCAUAAGAUAUUCGUAGAUCGUCAGGACUCGCGGUCGAUCACGGAUCACGUCGUGGCAAGCUUAUCGGCUUGCCUGAUUCUCCGUUUUAUUUUUAAGUAAAGAAAAAGAAACAAAAGGGAAUAAUAAAAAAAAAGGAAAGAAAAGAAGAGAAAAAAAAGAAGGAAAGAAAGAAAGAAAGGAAAAAAUCUUGGAUAAUUUGCACAAUGUUCCUUCCCGAUCGACCGAACGACCGAUCGACCGACCGAACAACAUAAUACGACAGUUACGACUUUUAGCUCUUACAAUUAGUAAGAACAUUGCCGCGCAUCUUAUGAUAGUGCUUCACCGUUAAGUACACUUGUGUAUUAACAUCAUAUCCGUAUACAUACAUAUGUAUAUGCAUGCGUAUGACUCGAUACGCCCCCGAUUUUCUCCGCGUAUACGGUCUAUACGAGUUAAGUACAUGUGUAGUAUGUGCACGAGAGGACACAUGUAAUUAUAAAAUACAUACAUGUCUCCAUUCAUUAUUCUGCGGUGAGAUUUCGAUGCGACGGAUCAGAGAUGUUUUUAUUCUAAAUGCAGCGCAGCGCACUCGAUUAAUUCUCGAAAGAAAUGGGGUUUUUUAUUUUUUUAAGAAUCAUUGUGCAAUCUCUAUAUAUCUUUCUCUCUCUCUCUCUCUCUUUCUGUUUCUCUCACUCAUUCAUUCUCUUUCUAUAUCUCUCUUUCUCUCUCUCUCUUUCUCUCUCUCUCUCUCUCUCUCUUUUAGCAGAGCAACUAGUUUUUAUGUGCCUUUUUAAACGGUAGUACGUUGAAUUCUACUCUAUAUUUUAAUAGUGACUCAAACUGAUUUUAUCAGACGCACCUGUGCGUAUCGAAUGAAGAUAUUCUACCGUGAUUGUUGUAUUUUAGAUGAUACUGUUAAAUACGACAUAUAGCGAUUAAGGUGUUAACAUAAAUAGGCGUGUUUCUCUUGGCAAUUACGUGGUAUAUAUACUAAAGUGCAUCAUGUCAUAAUCUUAUAUGUUACGUGCACUACAUACUACAUAUUAUAUGGUUGUGACGCGCUUUAGCAAUCAUACGGAUCGCUCGCCAGAAAAUGCUUCUCUAAAUAAACGUGCAAUGAUCCGCAGGGGAUGUUUUAACUUUCGAAGAAAAUAAUAUAAAUCGUGAUGACUGCGCAUUAAUAAUAUACUCGCUGCGAAGUAAUGAACGGAUCUUAUGUAUGUAUUUAUUAUUAUGUAUUUAGAAUUAUAAACCGACCGACGACCGCGAUCGGAACUUACCUAGAACUGAGAAAAAAAGAGAGACAUUUGUGUACGGAUAUCUAUAUUCAUAGAAACUAUAAUGAACAACUUAUUUUUCCAACGAGCAUAUCAUAUCAUUUUUAUAAGAGAUUUGUCAGAAGUUUUAACAAAUUUUCGUAAGAGCUCCUUAUACAAUCGUAAGGGAUCUGCCACAUCGUGAUGUUAACUUGCCAUAUAUAUGUCAAUUUUCUUCUUUGUUUGUCUUUUUUUAAUUAUUUUCUCUCUCUCUCUCUAUCUCUCUCUUUCUCUCUAUCUCCAUAUCUUUCUCUUUCUCUCUCUCUCUCUCUCUCUCUCUCUCUCUCUCUCUCUUUCUCUUUUUCUCUCCUUCUUUCUCUUGCAUAUUUUUUUACACGUCCUUUUUUUUUCUUUUUUUUCUACGUUUUCUAAUGAUCGGUGUAAACGUUUUAAUCAUACACAAGCGAACGAAUACACAUACACACAUACGCGCAGAUACAAGAACAUAUACGCAUACUUUCUGUAAUCUUUUCGUUUCCAUAUAAUUGAUCUAUUUAAAGAUCGAUUUGAAUAUUUCUCUAAAUCCAGAAUGUUAUAAAGAAGAAGAAGAAGAAAAAUAAUUAAAAAAAAUAAAAUAAAAGGUCAUCUCUAUUAAUGCUUUUAAUAGCAAACAAACAGAAUAUACAUAUAAUGCUACUUGUUUCUUCUCUCGAAUAGGUAUAUGUAUACAUACAUACGUGAUAAAGAUGUACGCAAUUUGCCCUAAAUUUCGAUACGGUAGAUCGUUUCGAUAUAUCCAUAUAAAAAUAUCGAUAUCGACGACAGACACGCUUUUUGUAUCGAAAAAUCAUGUCACAUCGGUGAAAAUGCCUACGAAAUUCACCGUAAAAUAAUUUCUUUAUAUUUAAUUAAUUGCUCGAAAACGGAACAUUCUACCGUAUGGGGAUAUAAAGAAAAAGAAGAAAAAGAAAAAAGAAAAAAAAAAAAAUAAUCGUACUUUUCUAAGCGUGUUAAUAUAUAGCUAUUUUAUAUAAUUUCAGAAGAAAUCCUUUGGUCCAUUAUAUAAUUAAGUUAUAUACAUAUAGAAGUAGUUCUUUGUUUACAAUUUAUUUGAGAAAUUGUAGAAAAUCAUUUGUUUAUAAAUUUAACACUAGAGCUACCAAAUUCGUCAAUAUGAUGAAUUUCAGAUUUCUCGUUUCAUAAUGACUAUAUAUUAUUAUACAAAUAUAUAAACUAUGAAAUCUCUUUUAUUUUACUUAUUAUUGUCAACGUAUAAAUAAAUUAAAAAUAAUGUGGAAUACAUUUUUUUUCUGUUUUUUUUUUCCCAAAAACAAACUUCACAUUGACGAAUAUGAUAAAAAUAGGUCGUCGCGGUAGUUCUAGUGUUAUAAGAGUAGUGACGUAUUCCAUUGUGAAUAUUUUUACGGUAUUAAAUCGAAUUUAAUCGUCUUUACGCUUUGAUACGAGAGAAACUUAUUACACACAUAUAUACACAUAUACACAGAACACACACACAGGUAUAUAUAAAUAUUGGUAAAACGUUGCACACACAAAGUUGCUAUUGUCUCAAGCUAAAAGCGAGAAGCGUUGGAAUAACAGACUCAUUCGUGCUAAACGACGACGCCUGUCGUCCUCGAUGAUAAAGAGAGAAUAGACGGAAUUCUUAAGCGGACGUGCAUUAUCGGCAUUUUUUUCUCAUUCGAUCUAUUGAACUAUUAGGGGGGUAUGGGCGAGGCUUGGGGAAGGGAAAAAAAAAAAAGAAAUAAAAAGAAAAGUAUUCGAAUAAGUUUUCCUUAAAUUGGCAGCAUAAGCAACAGCAGCUAUAAGAACCAUAAAAAAGCAUAGCCAUAACGCAAUACAACCUACACAUAAAAGGCGUAUGCACCUACUUUGAAGAUGUACUUAAUUAUUAAUUGUGGGGAAAAUGGGAACUAUACAGAACAAAUACCGACUAGAUGAUACUAUAAUAUAAAUAUAUAUAUAUAUAAAUAAAUGAAUAUAUAUAUAAAUAUAUAUAUAUAUAUACACAUAAAAAGAUAUAUCUACGCCGUUUGCAGAUGAAUGAUAUAACAAAGUGAAAAAGAACAAAACAAAACAAAACAAAAAAAAAGUAAAUAAAUAAAAGAAAAGAGAAAAGGUAUGAAUUUGUAAAACGUACCAUUGUAUUUUGUAGGCAGCUAGCAUGUACGUACACAUAUGCACAUGCACUCUCUCAUGUAUGUAUGUUUACGUAUAUAUUUGGACAUAUUCUCUAUAAUGCUUACACUUAACGAUACCUCAAUGGUUGUCCCCGAAUGUUUUGAAUUUUACACGUGACUAUGAAAGGGUGUGUAAUUUGUGACCAAACAAUGUAACACGCAUAACAGACACACAUAACGGGUGAUUUCUUUUCGAAUGAAAUAAAACACGAGCUCGAUAACUACUUAUUAUCUAUAUUAAGAAUAUCACUCGCGGAAUAAGCACUCGACAAGAGUUAUCUCCUGUUUUACGUGCUUUAUUGUGUGUGAAGAUAAAUAACGCAUACAUACAUACAUCCAUUACACGAGAAACACACCACGUAAGAACGUACGUGAAUAAUUGAAAAAAAAAUUAAAAAAAAAAAAAAAAAAAAAUUAAAAAAAAA